AUGAUGAACGGCCGGGACUGCGUCUUCGUGCGUCCCGUGCCUCGGUCCGCCGUCAAGGGCCGGUCCAAGAUCGCUGUCCGGAGCAAGAUCAUGGGCAGCGGCAUCUCGUGUUCAAACCCGAUGCACCAUCCCCUCGCCCGCAUGAGCAGCCCUGCGCCGAGUCCGUUGCCCCGGAAACCCAGCAUAGUUCCGAGCCUCCAAGGCGCCGGCAGCCCGCCCGACGACGGGUCGUCGGACUCGUCGACCGAGUCGGCCUCGAGCCCGCCGUCCAAGAUCCUCGAGUCACUCAGCCCGUACGGCAGCACGCUGAGUCGGCUGGACACGUCGGAGCGCAACUCGCUGUCGCGGCUGCUGCACAAGUCCAACUUCAUGCAGUACUUCAUCGGCCCGUCCUUUGUCGACAGCAUGCAGCUCGACAUGACGGUCCACUUGUUCUCCAUGUUCGACCAGGGCAAGGACGCCUACAUCGCCAUGUACACCGCCUUCGCCGCCACCAUGGGCCUCGACACGGGCCAGUACGACCCGGAGGCCAACCUGCACCGCGGCGCCAUGGCCGUCGAGCAGCUGCGGUCGUGUCCGCUGCCGACGCUCAAGCGCGAGGAGCUUCUGCCGUGGGCCGGCCUCGGGCUCGGCAUCGUCUACUUCUCCAACAUGGCCCUCGGCACCAGCGCCGCCCCCGUGCGCCGCUACAUCCUCAGCCACGUCCGGCACCUCCUCGGUACGACGCAGAUCUCGACGACGCGGACGCACUACAUCCUCGUCUACAUGACGGCCGUCGACAUCAACGAGUGCCUGAUGCAGCGCGAGCUGCCCGUGUGCGGCAUCGCCCCGCCCGAGGGCGGCCACGUCGACGCCUACGUCGGCGUGUGCAUGCCGCUGCUGCAGCACCUGUACGACCUCUGCCGCAUCAGCUACCACCUCUACCACGAGGUCGACGUCGAGGAGCAGACUCUGGCGCUCGACGCGCUCGAGAGGGACGUCGAGGCCUGGCAGCCCGUCAUCCCGCCCGACUUCACGAGCCGCUUCACCACGGGCGAGGUCAUCCACAUGCUGGCCCAGAGCCGCAUCUACAAGACGGCCGCCAUGCUCUUCAUCCACCGCCUGCGCCACCGCUUCGGCGAGGGCGACGAGAUGGCCUCGGCCAUGUCCAAGAGCAUCCUUUCGGACCUCCGCAUGACUCUGACCGUCUCCAAGGACACGCAGCGCUGCGUCAGCUUCCCCUACAUGCUGGCCGCCAUCGAGGCCCGCGACGCCGCCGAGAAGGAGACAGCGCUCGAGGCCAUGAGCGCCCUCACCGACGCCUUUAACACGCGGUACAAGACGGGCAUGGCGGCUUUUCUGAACGCCGUCUGGGACAUGAGGGAUGCGAACCCGGGCAUGUCGUGGCUCGACAUGAUGCCGAGCCUGCCGCCCAUCUCGGUGGGCGUCUAG